AUUUCGGAACUAUUUACGUUUUUUCUGCAAUGGGGGAACCCGGUUGGCUUUUUAAUGGAGCUUUUGAGUGAAUGUGUGUUGUAAGGUUGACAUUUCCAGCUGAGAAUUUGUUUUGGAGAGAAUGGAUCCUGUAGUGUUGAGCUACCAGGACAGCCUCCUGCGUCGUUCUGAUGUGGCCUUAUUGGAGGGACCUCACUGGCUUAACGACCAGGUCAUUGGCUUUGCCUUUGAAUACUUUGCCACUGAGCUCUUCAAAGGCCUCGGUGAGACAGUCAUCUUCAUCAGCCCGGAGGUUGCCCAGUUCAUCAAGUAUGCAUCUUGCCCAGAGGAGCUGGCCCAGUUCCUGGAACCUUUAGGGCUAGCCACACGCCGCUGGGUCUUCCUGGCCGUCAACGACAACUCUAACCAGACUGCCGGCGGCUCUCACUGGAGCUUGCUGCUGUUCUGCCGCGACGUUGGCCGUUUUGGACACUACGACUCACAGAGUGGGGGUAACUCGCUUCAUGCCAGGCUCAUAGCGACCAAGCUGGAGCCCUUCCUGGGUCCGGGGAGGCAUAUGCCGGUUGUCGAGGAGCCAUGUCCGCCGCAGCAGAACAGCUAUGACUGUGGCAUGUACGUGAUCUGUAACGCGGAAGCUUUGUGUGAGAGGGCCACGCUGGAGGGCUCACUGCAGCUUCCCGUCCAAACCAUAACCCCGACCUACAUCACCCAGAAGAGGAUUGAGUGGGGCAGGCUCAUCCAGAGACUGGCUAAAAAUUAACCCUGGAAAAAGUGGUCCGGCCCUCACCAACACUUAUCUUCCCUUCCUGUAUUUAAAGAGCCUCCAGGAGCUUUUAGGUUAAUUUGUGAAUGCACUGAAUCUUCAUUGACAAUCGCAGGUGUAUUUCAUGUAGUAGUAUGAAAGAGCGACGCCAGAAUACUUCAAGCUUACAGUUGAUUCGUCAUGUUUGUUCCUUAUGAAACCACAGCAACACCAGCAUGCCUAUACAGAAGAUGUAUUCAUGUCAUGAUUUAACAUAUUCAGGAUGUUGUGAAAAGAAGUCACUGUAAUUCCUUUCAUUUUGUUUUAAUAAAUGAGGAAAUUGUUUACAAGGAUUAUUGCUCAGGGUUGCAGUAAAUGAAUGAUGUGACAUAAAGAAUGUGUACCUUGGUUUCGUAACGUUCUAUUAAAACCGUGAAUGUUGAAAUUAUUGAUUUAAGGUGACAUCGAUUCCAUGAUUCACUCUGUUUACUUAUCUGCAAAUUAAACCAUGUCUAAGUAAAUCAUUACGUUGAUAUUCACAAUACCUUCCUGAUGUACUUCCAAUAAAAGCCUCUGUGCAAGGAAA